AUGGACCCUUCUGAGGUCAAUACAGGUGGUUUCAUCUCCUUGGUGCUGGAGGUGGUCUCCCUUGAUCCAGGUCACGAACGACAUUUGCUUGUUGACAGGGCUCACGAUAAGCUGGUUCAGUUUUCUGGUCUGGUGGAAGGUGGACACAAGAUCAUCACGGUGAUCGAUGCUGUGUUGAUUCGCCAAUUUCCCAUGGUUUGUCUGGAGUGCGGUGAGAAGACAAAGGUCCUUCACCACGGAAUUCCUACCUGGUCUGACUAUUUCAAGAUGAUUGAUGCAUGCAGUGGCUUGGGAGGUAUCUCACAUGGAGCUUUGGCUGUUGGGAUCGUCCCCACAGUUGCGACUGAUGUCAAUGCUUGUAUGUCCGAACUACACAAGGUCCAUGUUUGCAGUGAUCAUGUUACAGGAGACAUCGGUGAUCCUCAGGUUGUGGCUGAGGUGUGGAGUCGGAGUUCGAGCGCCGCCUUGAUGUGUGCAGGGUUUUCAUGCCAACCAUUCUCACAGUUGGGUGAUCGUCGUGGGGGUUUGGACCCUCGUGCGCAAACUCUUCCGAAACUGCUCCGAGCUGCCCACUUGAUGCAAAUCAAAGUGCUUGUCCUGGAAUGCGUUGUGCCUGCCCGAUCUGACCCAUUUGUGAAACAACAGCUUGAUAGCUUUGCAUCUCUCAUGGGCUUCACCACUGAGACUGUCAACUUGGACCUUCAAACCGUUUGGCCAUGUCGGCGUCAUAGAACUUGGUGGCUCAUGUUCGACUCAAGCUUGGGAAAGAUGGGUCUCUCAGAAUGGCCAGUUCUGGAUAGCCUUCCCAAAGUUCAGUGUCUGAUUCCUUACAUUUGCAAAUGGGAUCCCAGAGAUGAGAUGGCAUUGAGUUUAGACUCAAGUGAGAAACAAGCCUUUGGUGUUGACGAUGGUUCAUAUCCGCAUUAUCUCCUUGAUGCUGCAGGUGUUGCCCCCACUGCUUUGCAUGCCUGGGGAUCUCAAUUGCGAGGGUGCCCAUGUGGAUGCCGUGAUUUUGGAUUGUCCCCCACUCGUCUUAGGGAAAAAGGCCUUUUCGGCUUGUUGGUCUCCAGUGCCUCCGAAGCCAUUUCUGACCAGCCUGUGCGUCAUGUGCAUCCCUCUGAAGCCUUGGCUCUCAAUGGGAUGGAUUGUACCAUUGACCUGGGUCUUAAUGUUCGUUUGUCUUUGUCUGGAGUCGGUCAGAUCGCCAGUCCGCUGCAAGAAGUCAUACAGGACAAGCAGCUGCUUGGUCUAGUGCGUUUCUGGAAGGACAUUCGUUCCUUGUCCCUUGAGCAAGUCGUUCAUGCACCCCAAUGGCCUGAGGUUUCUGAUUUUCGCAUGUCUGUUGCCUGUGCCUUGGAUGUGCUGAUCCGUCGAACACAGGGGUCAGUUUCUGCCGUGCCUAGUGAAGAACCUGAAACACCAUGGUUUGACAAUCCAGUGCUUGGAGUGUGUUGUGACCUCACCCUACAGGUUGGUUCCAAUGAGAUUCAAUUGAGUGACAGAUACGGUGAUUUCCUGCGGUUCCGGUUUCAACCAGGGACCACUAUUGCUGACGUUCUUGGUGCGCAUGCCAAACUGACAGGUGAUUUGACUGUUCAACUGGCCAAUGAUGCUCUUGGUAGAGUCCUGUCUCUCGAUCAUGCCAUCCUUCCUGGACAGUGUAUUCAGAUCUUCCUCUCUGGAUGUGAACAAGGUUCCUUUUUCCCAUUUGAGGUGUUUACCUGUGAGAAUGCACAUGUAUCAGGCUUGUUUCCGGCUCGAGAUGAAGCGCAUGUUGAGGAGCCUGUUGACUUUCCCAUGGAGGAAGAUUGCACUCCUAAUGCUAAGCCUGAUUCCAGUAGUGUUGAUGCAUGCCCGAUCUCCCCCACUAUCACUUGGGAAGCCAAAGUUGAUGAGUGUGACGUGGUUGGAUCCUUUGUUGGAGUCUCUAGUACUCUGCCAUAUACGCCGACUGGUGGGUUGGUUUCAGCGUUGUUGCCACUGUCUGAGAAGCAAUUUCUUCGCUUGGCGGUUCCCAUCAUUGACGAUGUUCACAAAUUCACAGCCCUCCGACAGCAAUUCAUACGAGCAGUUGACCGUCUUGCUUUGUUGGAAGUUCAGGGGAACAUUUGGUCUGAUGAUGAAAUUGCCUAUCAUCUUGCAAUGCUUACCUCCACAGCUCCGGUUGGGGGACCUUAUUGCAAUGUGGUCGUCUUGGACCCACUCCUGGCUGAAGCAAUGCACAUCCAGCUGAGACAUAAGUUCGUAACCCUUUUGUCCAAAACUGAAUUUGUCAUUCGGCCGUGGAUCUGGGGCACAGGGGACAUUGAACAGGAGGUUUCUGCCGACAAUGAGUCAUCUCAUGGUGAUCCUGACCUUAGAGCUUCUGCUGGUUGUGGUGACAUUGGCCAUGCCUCACCUGGAAUCAGUGGUAGAGUAUAUGAAGUCUUCUCUCCCCAGUCUGAUCCGUCCCUUGUUGAGGAUGAGAGCUUGAGUGAAAGCAGUGCCUCUGCUGAUGAGUGUGGUGUCUCGAGCCAUGCUCAUGCCAAUCACAUUUUUGGAGUAUCCAGAUCUCGGUCCAGGUCACCUCCUGCCCAUUGCCUGCCUGCGGUUGAUUCGCAUUGUGCUGCCGUGCCUGCUCCCGAUGCAGACGGCCCUUGUGGGGAAUCCGGGCCACUCCCUUUAAUGCCCGAUGAACCUGUUCGCUUGCCAAGGUAUAUCAAGUACCCGGCGUUGGUUAACCAUGAAUUUGUCCCAGUACUGUUUGUGCUCAAUCAUGCCGUUGACAACAAUCCAAGAAGUGCCUGUGGUCUGUUUGACUUGGGGGCCUAUAGUCGCGAAUUGUGGGUCAGAAUUGAAUGGGAUGUUGCUGAGCUGCUUGCCCUGAGCUCUCUACAAAUGCUCGCAUUUCCAUGCCCAUCCAUUGAAAACCCCACCAGGCUUUGGUCUAUGCGCAAUCUUGUCAUGCAUCUUAGGGAUCGACUUACCUUACUUCGACAUCAACAAGGUGUUGUUGCUGAUGAUGAAAUCCGAUUUCAUUUGCACGCAAUUGUCUCUGAAUACGAGGGUGGUGUGGAUUUCUCGCCCAUGCGAGUGAUUGUUCUUGAUCCCAUCGUCUCCCAUGCUUGGUUGGAUGCUAACUCUUUCGACUGUACAGAGUGGGCUGCCACCCAUCCUGAAGUCUUGCGAGACGGUCUGCAAAUCAUGGGGGUGUUUCGUGUUGACCAACAUUGGGUACCUAUUCUCAUGAUUCCAUGUGGUGAAAACAUUCGCAUUGCUUCCUUUGAUGCUACACCUGACCUUGCUCAAAGCAUCGCCGCCUGUCUCACUCGUGUGACUCAUGCUCUUGGGUUCACUGAAAUUUUCAUUGAUCACAUUCAUCGCACUUUCGCUGCCAAGAGUGUUUGUGGAGCCGUUGCCAUUAACUUCUUGCGGAGUCAACUGACUGGCUGUCCGAGACUUUGUUCGACUGCUUCCGCAUGGGAAGAACAUCAUUUCUUGCGGAGGAAGUUCAUGCAACACAUUGGACGCAAAGCUGAGAUUCCUCGACCUUGGCUCUGGGGCUCUGGUGAUGUUGACUCUGAGGGUUCUGAGGAUGGUGUUGUUCCUCAUAAUGACUCUCUCCAGGGAGGUUCAGCUGGUAGUUCGGAGGUUGGCCAUGUGCUGCAAGGAACCGUUGGUCGUGUGUUUGACGUUUUCUCUCCACAGUCUGACCCUUCCCUCCAGGAGGGAUCAUGUCCUGAUGAAAGUGAUGCCGUCGUUUCUGACAAUGAGGGACCAGCACGUACUGUCGUCGUACAUGAGGGUGGCCUACUGAGAUCCAGAUCCAGAUCACCUCUUCGUCCUUUGCCAGGGGGUAGUCGGAGUGCACCUGGCACCGUGCCUGCUCCUGAUGCGGACAGUCCUGACAGGGAAUCCGGGCCACUCCCUAUAAUGCCCGUUGGACAUGGCCUCUUGCAGGGUGGCCCCGAACAUCCAGAUGUGAUUAAUCAUUUUGUUGCUCCUUUGCAGUUUGGGGGUGACCCUAAUGAUGCGAACCAUCCGCGGAGUGUUCGAGGACUUUUUGAUGUUGGAGCCUACAGUCGUGAAGGAUGGGCAAGUAUUGAAUGGGAUGUUGUUGAUCUCUUAGCGAUGAGUUCCCAGCAGAUGCUUGCUUUUCAAUGCCCUUCCAUUGAAAACCCCACCAAGCUCUGGUCCAUGCGUAACCAAUUCAUGCAAUCCAGAGAUAGAUUGACUCUGUUGAGACACCAACAAGGUGUUGUUGCUGAUGAUGAGAUUCGUUUUCAUUUGCACUCCAUUGCCGCUGAAUGUGAAAGUGGUGUGGAAUUUCCACCAAAGCGCAUUGUGAUCCUCGAUCCUGUUAUCUCACAUGCAUGGCUUGACAUGGACUCGUUUGACUGCACGGACUGGGCUGCCACUCACCCUGAAAUCCUUCAGGAUGGCCUGCAAAUUGUGGGUGCGGUUUGCUUUGAUCAGCAUUGGAUCUCAAUUCUCUUGACUCCGUGGGGGGACAAUAUUCGGAUUGCAUCCUUUGAUUCUACCUCCGACCUUGCCCAUUGUCUUGCAGCCUGCUUGACUAGGGUUGCUCAUGCCCUUGGAUUCACUGAGAUCCACUUUGAUCACAUUCAUCGUACAUUUGCUGUCAGAAGCGUUUGUGGCGCCGUUGCGAUCAAUUUCUUGCGUAGUCAAGUGACAGGUUUUCCCAGGCUUGGUACAACUUUCUCUGCAUGGGAGGAGCACCAUGUCUUGAGGAGGAAAUUCAUGCAACACAUUGGCCAAAAGGCGGAAGUCCCCCGGCCCUGGCUCUGGGGUGCUGGCAGUCGUGAUGAUGGUGAUGGUCCUCCUGGUGAGGUUCCUGCUGAAGCCUUGCAUGACUCCGCAGCUCCGGUCUCUUUUCCUGUGGGUUUUUCCGGAGUUUGUGUUGAUGCCUCUCACCUAUGUGCGAUGCACGGACAGCAACUUAGUGCGCUUGAAUGUCCUCCGGUGUCUGACAUCCACCAAAUGAGUAACCUCAGACUGCAAUUGAUUGAGACCCGCUCCCGUCAACGCAUUUUACAAGCUCAAUUUGGUCUGUGGGCCGAUGAUGAAAUUCGAUUUCACAUGCAUGCCAUUGCGGCUGUCUGCCAGACAUUGCAACAUGGUCAGAUGAUUUCGCAGGUUUCUGUGCUUGACCCCUUGAUUGCUUCCUCGUGGUUGGUCCCCAGCUCACUCCCGAGUGAUCAAUGGGCCAGUAUGUACAGGAAUGUUCACCGUGAUCAGAAAAUCUUGAUUUCUGCAGUUCGCAUUGAUGGCCAUUGGAUUCCGCUUGUUUUGUUUCCUGCUGGCAAUAUCCUUUCGGUCCAAUCCAGUGAUUUUACUGAUGGUCUUCCUGCGGCACUUAUCAAUUGCCUGGUUUCCUUUGCCCAUGCCAUUGGAUUUGAGAGCCUCCGCUUUGAUCAUGAGGUUCGCCCCUUUUCAUGCAGAUCAGCUUGUGGUGCUGCAGCCGUCAAGUAUGUUGCCUACAGGUUGGGUUUGUCUGGAAGGGCUCUAUCUUAUGCUGCUGUGUGGCAAGCACAUUCGGAGCUGCGAUCACAAUUUGUCCGUGCACUUUCUGAUGAGCAUUUGACAAGCCGUCCAUGGAUUUGGGCUUCUGGUGAUGAUGAAGCUUCUGAAACAUCAUGGAGGUCUGAAGACCCUGUGGAAGAUGUCUCUGACCUUCCUGAUUCUUCUGCCAGGGGAGUUCCCUCCACUGCACCUUUCGUUCUCCCUGAUGGCGCUGCUUGCAUGGCUUCUCAUGUCUGCAUUGAUGUCAAUGAACGGAUUGAUCUGUUUGCAACCCAUGGUAAAGCCUUGGGUGACGAUGAAAUCCGGUUUCACCUGCAAGACCUUGUUCAGAGACGAGCUUCUAUGCCUGCCAGCUCGGACAGACACAUGCCAUGUGUGUUGGCCUUUGAAGCGUUGAAUUUCCUCAACUGGGAUCAGGUGGGUCAUAUUCUCACUGAAAAGUGGUGUCAAAACUGCCCUCAGGUUCGGUCACAUGGACACCAAAUUGUGGCUGUUGUCCUAGAGGGAACUCAUUGGAUUCCCCUUUGGGUUGUUCCUGCUGGCUUAGUUUUGGUCUUCCAUACCUUUGAUGACAUUCUGGACUACGACAUUUUUGACGGCAAACUGCGUUGGAUGGGCCUACAUUUGGGCUUCUCUGAUGUGGUCAUUCAUCGAGUCCCUCAUGGCCUUCCCUCACAUGACUUCUGUGGAGUUCAUGCCUUGGCUUUCCUUGAACACAUCUUGUUGGGGACUGACUUGCCAACUGAAGUGUCUACACUUGACAUGAUGUCCACCAAUCUGCGUGCUGCAUUUGUGCAGGCCAUGUAUGAAAAGCGUAUGUGCAUUUGCCCAAUUGUGUGGGGAAAUGGUGGUACCGGAUCGCUAACCAAGCUUUUGGCUGAGGAAUUGUCUCUCCAUGGGGUUCCCUCUGACCUUGCCGAAACCCGGGCUGCUCAGGCCAUCAAAAUUGUUGGGAAUGAGCCGCUUGCCAAGGCCAUGCAGCAGAAUAAGCCUUGGCGUCAGUUGAAAGCAUUGGCCACAAACGUUGGCUUCAAGUUGGUUUUGCCUGCUGAAUUGGAAGCCACCAUCUCUCACAAUCGAGGUAAGCCUGUUGGUAAGAAGUCCCACAAAGACAAGAAAGUCCCUGGUGUUCCUCCGCCGAUUGACCUGGAUCCAUCCAAACUCUGUGUCCUUGAUGGUACGUUUAGGGCUGCUCUUCAACCUUUGCCACAGCUGUCUCCACAACAGAUCGGCCCUAUCAGCUCCGGGAUUGUUUUGAUGACAGCACAAGAGGCUGAGCCUUACCUGCGUGCAGGCCAGAUCGUGUCUCAGGAGCCAUUGGCACUUGUGGUGUUCCAUCGGUCUGAUCAGGUGCUUCAAUCGAUGCUGCCUCAAUCCAAGGUUACUGUUCCAUGCCGCUGUACAGUUGACAACGAACCAGUUUUGGCUGAGGCAACUCUUGUUCAACUUGGGACAGGGGUUGUAGAGAAGUUUGCAGGGUCGAACUUGGUUGCAUUGGAGUCCCCUGAUGUUUGUACCUUGCGUAUCAAUGUUUACAAAGAUGAGACUGAGGACUGGGAAGCAUUUGUGAAAGCGCCUGUCAAGAGGCUUGUUUCCCUUUUCCCUGAGCUGCGCAGGUGCACCAUCCAAGGGUGCAAUUGCAGCUCUUGGCACAAUGAAGAGGGUCUGCCCAUCAAGGAACCUAUCCUGGACCUAUGGAAGAGGCAGUUCAUGAAAUUUGGGUACAAACCUGCGGAGGCAUCUAAAGCUGACAUGUUUUGUGUCUCUAUUCGUGUUCCUGUCUGCCUGUUGGAACGGAUUUUGAAUCGGAGUGGUGUCGCAGGUGCUUACGUUGAGCCCAGGUCAGCUGAUGGUCAAAAAGUGUUGCAGGACUACAUGGUGAUCUGGAUUUCCCGGAUGUCCCACCGUGAGCUCAUGCAUAUGAAGCAAACCAACCCCGCAGUUGUCGGCCUUGCGCGUAUCGCAGACAGAAGGGGCCUCAGGGUCUCCUCUGACCAAGCACAGGAAGUGCAUAGGGUUGUUCGUCCUGAUACCCUCUUUCUGCCACAAGGAGCUCGUGUGACUUACAUCGUUGGGCCUUUUCCCUUUGGCAUCGACAGGCAGGGGAUCUGCAAGGCUAUGAAGCAGGCCAAUUGGCAUUGUAAACCUUUGCAGCCAGCUGCCCCUCAGCCUGGACGUGGAGCUAUGUGGGUCGUUCAAGCAGUUGAGGAGCCUCCAAGUGCGAUUGUACACACUAGCCAUGGUGAGAUCUUGAUCUCCAAGCAAAAGUUGGCUGAUGGAGGUGACCGUCAAGUGGGAGGCAAACCCAUUGCUGCCCCUGCCACGUUGGCUCUGUGUGGUGGGCAAGGUGGACGAGAUGAAGAUCCCUGGACCCAGCAUGACCCAUGGCAGAAGUUUCAACCUUCGACCGGUGGAGCGUCUGUCUCCACAGCUCCGACCGAUAGCAUGCAGCAGAUGGAAUCCCGUAUUCAGGCUGCUGUACUUGCCAAGCUGCCCACUGGAACCUCCCAGUCUGUGCCCAUGGAGCAGGAUGAUGUUCCGGAUCGUAUCUGUGCGCUUGAAUGUCAGGUUCAGCAACUCAUUCAGAAGCAAACACAGAUGGAUGGCCAGUUUGUUGAGUUCACGACCCAGCAGAACCAGCAGGUUUCGAAUUUGCAGGUCCAAUUGCAGACUCAAACCCAACAGCUUCAUGGCCAGAUUGAGCCACUUUGCCUGGACCCUACUCGGGGUUGUUCCGUGGUUGCUCACCUUUGUCUGGUGGCUCUGGUGCCCAUGGCAUUUUUCAUUUUGGGGAUCGCAUCAUUGAUGAGGUUUGCCAAGUUUGCUCGCCCACCGGAUAAUGCUGGGUCAUGGAAGGGAGUCGGAGUUCUUUCCAAGACACCUGUACGUCAUAUUCCCAAGAAUUGGCCUGACGCUAUCCAGUGUUCGUCCCGUGCAAUGGCCUACACUACCUUGAUCGAUGAUGUGUGGUUAACUGGGGCAGUGGUUUAUGGUGAGCCUGACAGCCAGCACUACCCCUACAGGUUGCAGCAUAAUGAGUCUUUGUUGCAGUCGGCUAUUGAAUCAGUGGGUUUUCUUUCCUCUGGACCGCGGGUGAUCGCAGGGGAUUGGAACGUGUCCAUGGGUGAGAUUCCUGCAUUUGAUACCCUUUCCCAGUUGGGUUUCAAAGAUUUGCAAGAGCUUGCUGCCGAAAGGUGGGGCAUUCCACCACGCCCCACUUGCAAAAGUAAGACAAGGAAGGAUUUCUGCUUCAUAAGCCCGGAAUUACAAGAAGUGUUGGUUGAUGUCUCUGUUUUGGACGAUGUUUGGCCCGAUCAUUCCAUCCUUCAGGGCAAGUUUCAACGCUUCCGUGAGUGCAUUCCUAGGCAGAUUUGGAAGAACCCUUGUGAAUUUCCUUGGCCUGCGCAGUGGUAUGUUGAUCCCAAUCUUUGGACUCAGAUGGACGCCCAUCCAGAUGAGAAAUAUCGAGUGUUCUGGAAGGCGGUUGAAGAUGCUGCUCAGCGUGAGUUGCCUUUUCCAGUGCGGAGACUUCAAGCUUUUGUCCGUAGUUGCUCUGCCGAUGGUUCCCAUAGCCAUUAUGCAGUUUCGGUAUGGGCUGCAAUUGUUCGUGCCAAGGGUUUCACUGGUGGAUUUGUUCAGUGGUGGUCUAGAUGUCCGCAUCGAGUGCAUGGUGCUCCUUUGCAAAUUCCUUGGGUUCCGCCUUCUGGGGUGAUUGCUACUCGGAUCUUUGAGACUUUGGCUUUGCAGGUCCGGUCUUUGGAGUCCCAACUCAUCAGUACGUCCCGCCAGUAUGCGCGGUUGCGUAGGGCUCGCAAUCCUCGGUUAAUUUUUCAAGACCUUCGCCCAAUGCAAAGUAGUGGUGUGGAUUACCUUAUCCGCCCUAUUCAGUCCAGCAUUGUUUCAGUUGAUGAGUCCGAUCAAUCUAUUGUUGUGGAGCCUCCGCAUGGGUGGUCACAUGACCGACCAAUUGUUUGCCAGGGAUUGCCUUUGUCUCUGAUUCAUGUGGAACCUGACUGCAUUUGGCUUGAAGACUCCUCUGCACUCAAGCCUGGGGAUGUGAUUUCUCAGGUUCAGUGUAGUGGGACUCAGACUGACUUGGAAAAGAUGUUUGUUGAUGAAUGGAAAGCUCGAUGGGAACGGCAUAAAGAUGUUCCUGAUAGCCGGUGGGCUACAAUCUUGGAUUUUGCCCGUCAAGCCUUGCCACGUCUUCAGUUCAGUUGGCCUGCAAUCUCACCUGAUGUCUUGUCUCAGUUGAUUGCAUCUAAAAAGUCGAGCUCUGCCUGUGUUCUGGAUGGAGUGUCUAUCGCAGAUCUUAAAUGUUUGCCACGCAGUGCCAUUGAGAAUGUCUGCUCUAUGUAUCGUGAAGCCGAAGAUACAGGGGUUUGGCCAUCACAACUUUUAAUGGGGCGUGUUGCUUGUCUUGCCAAAACUGAUGAACCCCGUACGGUGUUGGACUACCGCCCUAUCACGGUCCUUGGCAUGCUGUAUCGUGUGUGGGGUUCGUAUCAUGCCAGAAGAGCGAUUCGCGCCCUUGAUGCACAUUUGCCUGAUUCCCUUUAUGGGAGCAGACCAGCCCGAUUUGCAGGUCAAGUUUGGAGCCAGUUGCUCUGGGCAGUCGAAGAUGCUACCAUUCAUGGUAUUGCCUUGUCUGGUUUGAUGGCUGACUUGCAGAAAGCUUUCAACCAUUUGCCGAGGCUAGUUGUAUUUGAAGCUGCUGCAUUGUUGGGCAUUCCUAUGUCUCUGUUGACUGCUUGGGCUGGUGCCUUGACCUUGAUCAGUAGGCGGUUUCAGCUUGGCCAGGGUUUAACCAAACCUGUGUUUAGUACCACCGGAUUACCUGAAGGUGAUGGCCUGUCCUGCCUUGGGAUGGUGAUCAUUGACGUUUUGUUUCAUCUUUGGCACCAGCAUUUCUUUCCUAUGUGUCAGCCUGUCUCCUAUGUGGACGAUUGGACGAUUUUGAUCACAGAUCCAUCCUUGAUGACCGGAGUUUUUGCCUGCCUUUCAAGCUUUACUGAUGCGCUUGACCUCAUGCUUGAUUCCCAGAAGACUUUUGCUUGGUCCACCAGUGGUAAAGGUCGCAAAAGUUUGGUUGAACAAGGGUUUCGUGUUGCUACCAAUUGCAAGCUGCUUGGUGCACAUGUCCAAGUGUCACGCAAGCACACUAAUGCUACCCAAACAGCUCGUGUUUCAACUCUUCAGCCUCUUUGGCCUAAGCUUAAAUUGUCUGCAGCAGCGUACGAAGUGAAAGUCCAAGCCAUUAGGGCAGCGGCAUGGCCGAAAGGUCUUCAUGCCAUAGCGGCAACGACUGUUUCUCUCCAAACGUUUGCUUCUUUGAGAGCUGGCGCAAUGAAGGGGUUGAACGCAGACGGCGCAGGCUGCAAUGCUAUGGUUCAUUUGGGGUUAUUGGAAUCCCCUUUGACCGACCCGCACUUUUGGUCCAUUUAUCAGACCUUCAAAAUGGUCAGGGAAUGUGGCAUCGAAGAUGUUGUGCACCCCGCCCUUUUUGCUCUGGCAACUGGUGAUGAAGCUUAUGCAAACAAUGGCAUUACUGCUACAGUGUUGACACGGAUUCAAACCUUUGGGUGGCAUGUGUCCUCGCCACACUGCCUUUCGGAUGACUUUGGGCCCUUCAAUCUUUUCUCCAUUUGUAUUGCUGAGCUUCGUUGGCGCAUGGAGUGGGCAUGGCUCAAAGUCGUUGCUGCUUGUGUUGCUCACCGUCCAGGGUUUUCGGGUCUCUGGCAAAUUGAUCCUGCCCGCACUCGUGCAUGGCUGUCCAAAUUGAACUGUUCAGAUCGGGCAGCCUACCGUAAAAUUCUCAAUGGUGCUCAUGUGACACAGGAUGGGAAGCAUUAUUGCCAGGAAGCGGAUUCAGAUGUCUGCCAGUUUUGUGAUUGUUCCGACUCUCGGUUCCACCGCUUUUGGGGCUGUAGCGUUUUUGAGGAGUGCCGUCAGGGUAUUGAUUCGGACCUCAUGGUUGCUAUUCCUGAUUUGCCAGAGAGUGUGACUUGUUAUGGUUGGGCCCUUCGACCUUCAACAUUUCAUUCGUGGUUCUCCUAUUUUCUGCAACUGGUCCCUCCCGUGAUACCUGCGAUACCUUGGCAUUCUCAGUCUCAGUUCCAUAUUUUCACAGAUGGUAGCUGCUGUCAUCCGCAAUACCCUGAUUUGAGGUUUGCUUCCUAUGCCUUGAUUCUUGUUGAAUCGAGUGCUACUGAACAUGCGUGUAUUCUUGAGAGUGGUCCAUUACCAGGUCUUCGUCAGACCUCACUGCGUGCUGAGCUCUUUGCAGUCCAUCGAGCUAUCAAGUUUGCUGCAUGUCACGGAGUUAGUCUGAUGAUUUGGUCUGACUGUUUGAAUGUUGUGCGCAGGUUGCGACGUAUUUGUCUUGGUGCCCCGGUAAAGAUCAAUUCUUCCAAUGCAGACUUGUGGAGUUUGAUUGCCGAUGACAUUCAUGGAGGUGGGUGCCAUGUGCAGGUCACGAAAGUUGCCGCCCAUCAGUCUCUUGCUGCUGCUGCAUCACCUUUAGAAGAAUGGUGUUUCAAACACAACAGGUUUGCUGACAGGGCAGCGGCCUCUGCCAAUCAACGCAGAUCCAAGGAGUUUUGGAACCUGCUUGCAGUGCACUCCCGCGCGUGUCAGACAUGUGACAGGUGGAAUGCGUCAAUCCAGAAUGUUUUGCUGCAAGUGAGUCGUAAUGUAUUACAUGAAGGGCGCGAUAUGCCCCUGGAUGUUCCAAUGCCUGAGCCACCUCCUGCUCCUUCCUGGACUCCCCUGCCCACUGACCCUGUGAUGCCACAUGGUGCUAUUCGGUGGUAUGGCGAAGCUGUUGUGGCUAAAAUGACAAUUUGGUUUUGGAAGGCCGUUUCCGAUGAUCCAGGGCCUGUGCAAUGGAUUUCGAAUGCUCAGUUGUACAUUGACUAUGGACUUCAGACUGGAGACUCUGGCCCAGUUCACAUUGAUGGAUGGAAGGACAGCCAGGAUGUGCCCUUGCACGCUCUCCGGCCUAUUGGCUUUAAGGAGAGGGUAAGGUGGUUUGGUAAAGUGCUGAGGGAGAUUUUGCGACAUGGGGGUUUGCCGUUCUCUGCCCAGUACUGCCGGCCUAGUAGCCUUAUGCUGUGUAUGCACUCCAGCUGCAUUGCGGUUCCCUGGAACCCACAACGCCUUGAGCAAGUUGAUCGAUGGAUGGCAAAGUUCUCAUCCGUACCUUUUCGCCGGCAGACAAGGGAACUGGACCGCUUGCCACUGCCAAGCGCUUCUAUGGUUUCGUAG